UGUGUUAAGUUACACUGGAUUUCCACAAUGGUUGAGCUUUCUUACACACCGCAAACAAGCUAUUUAUAGAAGCUUAAAAAAAAAAGGGACAUAAUUAUAUCACUUUAUUAUACAAGAGAGAAAUGGAGGUUUGGCAUUGAGUUUCAGAGUUUGUUUCCUUUUUAUUCUGUCGAGAAGUAGAUUUAAAGACAUUUUGCAUUUAGUGAUUCUGUUGUUUCCAUUAUUUUUUGCUGAUUAUAUUACAGUCAUUCUGUAAAUGUGUUUAUUUAAUAAGUGCAUUUUGUGACGGAAUUCAAAUAACAGCCCUCAGUGUAUACCUUUACAAUACUUUCUUAUUGAAUACCAGAAAACCAUACUACUUUUUGCAGUUUCAAUAUGUUCCAUACAUAGUCUAUAUCUAAGAGGUACAAUAAAGCCUUGAAUGUAUUUUAUGUUGCUCAACAUUCCUCUAUGUGUAAUGGAUUAUGGAUUGGUCAUAUCUGAAGAGAUAUAUUUAACAGACCUUGAAAUACUCAGCUACAUUUAAACCAGAACGAUGACCUUCGUAAUGACUAUAAAUCCACGAUGGCUGGUCAUGUUUAGCUGUCUGUGCUUUGUGGCAUUAGCAAACAACGAUCGUAGAGACUCUCGGCGUACGUUGUCGAAGGGGUCUCAAAAUUUUAACAGCGAAUCUGAAAUCCCACACAAUGCUAUGCGAAGACAUUCCUCUAGCUACCCACAGCGGACGAGUCAUCACAAGAGCAAGAAGAGCGAGCAUUAUUUAAGUGGCAGACAUAUUCAGAGGGAAGAAGCCUCAAGGGGAAAGUCUUAUUUUUAUAAGAGACAAAUGCCUAAAGCCCAUGGAGAAAUUCUCAAGUCCAAAUUGAAGCUUAAAACCGACAAGGAGAUUUAUCGCCAAGACCCGAGCUCGUUCUCUUACGACGAAAUACAUUCGAACAGUAGAGUCUAUUUGGAUGAAGAGCAGUAUCAGUCUGACCAGGAAUCUGACCAGGAAUCUAAACUAGUUGGUAAAGUAGCUGGUCAAGAGAUCACAGCUGGGGAAAAUGAGAGGGUUCUCCAGUUGUCAUCAAGUACCCAGACCAUCGUGCUGGGAGAGACGGAGACCUUCAGCAUCACGUGCUCCGUCAACUUAGCAGCACUGGCGCGAAGCUCGAAAGGAACCGUGCAGCCGAUGAGCCUCGAGAUCGACAAGCACGAUGGUCAGAACAGAAGACGAUUGGCUGUCUUGUCCGCCAUACAUGGAGCCAUGCCAAUCAGGGACGAGCUGACUUCGAGGGCCAAGAUCACCGGAAGUGUCUCCAAAGACGACGAAACUCCUUGGACAAUGUCUAUCAACUGGUCGGAACCAACGUCUGCUCUUGAAGGAACGUAUAUUUGCAAACUGACCGCUAUUGGACCGCACAUGGCAUUAGCUGACCACGCCUAUACCAAACUGGAAGUUGCUAUUCGAGAUUCCCCAAGGCUUCAGCUUGAAGAGCGACUGGCCGCAGCCGAAGUAAAACUGGACGAAGUUGUGAAAGAAUCUGAGCAAAGGGAAAACACUCUGAGACUGAUGAGACAACUCCUGUUCAACGUUACAAGUCUUCUGGUGGAGUCUGCGAACGACAGCAGGUUAAUGAGACAGAAAAUCAACAAACAGGUGAUGGCCUACAUUGAUCUACGAAAGUAUCUGAUCACGGCUCUAGAAGCAGACGACCGCCUGGCCGAACAAAUAAAUACAACGGAGCUGAGCAUUGCUUCAACUAUGGAAAUACAAGCUCAGGCUAUGAAACAGCUGCAUAAUCAAGAUCGAAUCUUCGCCACCGGGUUGCACGCCCUUGAUCUAAAAAUACACAGUGUUGAGCAGCGUAUCGUCAACGCUAAAGAGAGGAUAAACGAAAGGCUAGACGCACAGAGGGAGGACAUUUCAUCUCUCAGGAAACUCUGGGAUGGCAUUGAAGAACAUCGGAGCCAGUCGGAUAAAGUUCUCAGUGAUUUAGGCAAACAACUUUCCAAUGUGGCUGAAAUGCUUAACAAAACUUCUCAAAAUCUACAGAAUCUGGAGAAAGCUUUAGGGUUAACGGACGGAUCUCUGAGACUCAACAACAACGGCGUGAUGGGGAGAGAAGGCAGGCUGGAGGUGUUUCACAACGGUCAGUGGGGGUCAGUCUGUGACGACAACUUUGACCUUAAUGCUGCCAUCGUCGUCUGCAAGCAGCUUGGUUAUGACACUGACAAGGCGGCAUUUUUCGCAAAUGCCCAUUAUGGUCAAGCAGGGGCGACGACUCCCAUUCACUUGGACGACGUCGUCUGCUAUGGAGAAGAGACGCAGCUGGUCAAGUGUCAACACAGUGCUUGGGGCUUCCACGGCUGCUCUCACGCGGAGGACGUAGGAGUCAAGUGCUAGAGUAAUAUCAGACGUAACUUUCUGGUGACGUGGCCAGGCACUUACUAUGACCUUGACAUUGACGUUUUCAAAAUAUUAAAUUUGUUACGUUUAGAGGUUUUUACCGCCUUUUUUUUCCAAAUUGAUAUAAAAUAGAUUGACAUGAAAUAGAGUGCUUAAUCUGGCUCAUCGAGUUGUCCCAUUUGCCAUAGGUAAUAGUAUUUUAAUUGUUAUGUAAAUACCUCUAUUGCCACAUUAUUCCCUUUGAUGAUUGCAUUAGUUUGUUGAUGUGGUGUUUUGUUGAAACUGUAGAUCUAGAUAAGACUUUAUAAACUUGAGAAAUAUUAUUUAAUACACAAUCAUAGGGCACUGUCCUAAUGUCACAGUUCUAAAACAAAACUACCAUCUUGCUUGCUAAAAGAGUGAGUCCGUUACUGUCAUCUUCCCAUAAUUCCUUAUUUUGUUAAUAUCCCAUCAUUCCCUAGUUCCGUCUAAAAUAGUCUAUUUAUAGUCUUGUCACUUUUCCCCCGUCCUACCCUUAUUCCAAACAUAUAACAAGUUUAAUAAAUAGAAAAAUUGACAUAAACUAGGUCAAGGGGUAGGAGAAAUUUUUGUAUUAUUAGCAUUGCUGAUCUUGUGCUUAGAUUUGUUUGUUUUUGUUAGAUAGAGGAGUUACUGCCCUUGGGGACUCUGCCAUUGCAUUUAGAACCCGGAACUAAAAGAUCAUCUGUCUAUAUUUUUAUGACAAUUGGAUUAUAUUCUAAUUAUCAUGUUGAAUACAUAUUGUUUUAAAUAAUA